GUCGAACUGCAUCUCUAAUGGCUAAUCAAAUCCCCUCCGAGAUAUUCGUUGCUGGGGAAUAAAUUGUGGAUCACCUGGAAGAACGGAGAGCUUUAAAUUCGGGCAUCAUGCGCGGGCAACUCAAAACUGUUGGACACCCUCAGCGACGAGGCUGUUGUUCGAACCGAGCUUCCUGCGCCUGGUGUUUGUGUGUCAGUUGCUCAGUCAGUUCCCGACGAACUGUGACAGUAGUCGGCCGAUACUACGUCCCACACGUCGACCCGAUUCGAUAAAAAUCUGUGCUUUUCUUCUACUUCGUCAAAUUUUUACCCGCCAACUUCAAAUUCAUACCGUGGCUGUUGUCGCCGGUGACGGUCGGAGCGUGAAUGAAGACCGACGAAAACCAAAGACGAAGAACUGGCGUUAGAUUCCAGAGGCUUCUUCCACUUUCUGGAAUACACGGAGUUCGGGCUUUCAACGGUAUUGAGGAAGUCGACGUCGAAGGUACCUUAACACCCAGGAACAUAAUUCCGUACGUAUGCACGAAAAUCGGGCCGAUCUGUUCUGCGGAGGCCAUGAAAACUGCGAAUAACUCGGCCGUCUAGCGAUCGGUUAUUGCUCUUCACAUUCGCCGAUAGUGCGGAUGAUAGGAUAAGGAUAAAAUAGGAAAAACGACCAGCUGAACAUGGACUCGAAUCCAGACGCCGGUUCGGAAGGAAGCGAGAUGGUGAAAGUCAAUCUGCUUCAGGACGACAUCGAAGCCAGAGUCGCGAUGCGUGCCAAAAUCUCCUCAACACCGUUCACUCGUUUGACCAAACGACAACCCAUCGACAUAGAAUUCUCCGAUUUAACCUACACCAUUCCCACAGGAAGAAAAGGAUCCAAAUUGAUAUUGAGAGGAAUAAGCGGACAGUUCCGAUCUGGAGAAUUGACCGCGAUUAUGGGACCAUCGGGAGCUGGGAAAUCAACCCUGCUCAACAUCCUCGCCGGCUACAAACAUGUCGGAGUGAGUGGACAGAUCAACAUCAACGGUGAGCCGAGGAAUAUUCGGAAGUUUAAAAAAAUGUCCUGUUACAUUAUGCAGGACGAUCUUCACCAGCCCCAGAUAACAGUUCACGAAGCGAUGUGCUUCGCCGCAGACCUAAAACUCGGAAGUAAAGUUGAACGGCGGGAAAAACUUUCCACCAUAGAUGAAAUCCUAGAGACGUUAAGACUGACCAAAGCGAAGGACACGGUUACCGAAAGAUUGUCCGGCGGGGAAAUGAAGAGGCUAUCUAUCGCCUUGGAACUAGUCAAUAAUCCGCCGGUCAUUUUCCUCGACGAACCAACCACAGGUCUCGACGACUUGUCGACCGUCCAGUGCAUCGACCUUCUACGAAGCGUAGCCUGCGGUGGAAGAACGGUCAUUUGUUCAAUCCACACCCCAAGUGCCAGCAACUUUGCGAAAUUUCAUCAAGUCUACGUCGUCGCGGCUGGUCUGUGCGUCUAUCGAGGUUUGGCCAAUGGAGUUGUGCCGUUUCUUCGACACGUGGGAGCCGACUGCCCGAAGCACUACAACCCGGCAGAUUUUGUUAUCGAAGUCUCCUCGGGAGAAUACGGAGCGGAAUACGUCGAACGGAUGAUGAAUCUCGUGGAAGCGCAGAUGCCGAUCGACCCGAUCGCCCGUAAAACUAUCGAGGAUACCCAGUUCCAAGAUGAAAUCGACAGAACGACAUGGUGGGAUCAGUUCUCGACUCUGUCUAGGAGGAUGAUGCUCCAAUUCUACAGAAACAGGAAUUACAUGUACCUGAAGAUAUCGCUCCACAUCUUUCUCGGAUUCAUAGUCGGCGGUAUUUUCAUCAACAUUGGUACCGACGGCUCGAAGACUCUCUUCAACUUUGGAUUCUGCUUUUGCUGCCUCGUAGUCUUUCUCUACCUCCCGAUGCUGCCUGUGCUCAUGCAUUUUCCAAUGGAGGUGCGGCUUCUGAAACGUGAACACUUCAACCGAUGGUACGACUUGGGUCCCUACUUUUUCGCCAAGACAUUGUCGACUAUUCCUCCCCAGAUCUUUCUUGGUACGAUAUACUUGUCAAUGGUUUACCCGAUCACUGGACAGCCGUUGGAAGCUUGGCGAGCCGCCAGGUUCUUCAGUAUCUGUUAUUUGUGCUCUCUGAUAGGGGAAAGUAUAGGUUUGGCGAUCGGAUCAACGCUGAGCAUCGUGAACGGGAUGUUCGUCGGGCCCGCUUCCUCCGUUCCUCUAAUGCUGGUUUCGAUCCAAGGCAUGGGCAAUCCCGAACCUUUGCCGCUUUACAGAACGCUGGUAAUGUACUCUAGCUACAUUAGGUACGGCCUCGAGGGACUCAUCAUCUCGUCUUACGGUGAAGGGAGAAGAAAAUUAUCCUGUCCGCCGGAGGAGGAUUACUGCCAGUACAGAUAUCCCAUAGCAUUGUUGAAAGUUAUGGGUAUGGAGGAGAACAUGUUCUGGCGGGAUUUCAUCGCUCUCGUCGUAAUAAACAUAAUAUUGAAAGCGGUCAUCUUUUACCUACUGCGGCAGAGGCUUCGACCGAACAAAACGUUUCAAGCCCUUCGCGUCAUCGGCGGAUUUGUCAAAGGCUACAUAAGUUUAAAAUGAGUCAAAAGAAAUUUUCUGCUUUUAUUUAUUUAUUUAAUUUAUAUUCGGGUUUUUUUUCCAUGCUGUUGCGCGUGUACGCGUUUAUUUUUAUAUCGCAAUUCGGUAGAAUUGAAGAAACAGGAAUUCGGACGACUGGCUCGAACCGCACGUGCCGACGAAAUUGAGUUUCGAUAAUUUUAAGUCAUAAAUUUACAUCGGACAGCCAGUUUAUCGGGCAUUAAAUUCCACCGGUACUAGAAGUCUAUUGAUCAAUGACAUGUAUUGUUUUACGUAAUCAAACGUCUAUACUCAUUGUUGACUGAUGACUCGUUGAAAAUAGAUCAAAACUUAUCUUAUCUCAUUCGUAUGUAUAAGGUAUAGAUAUAUAUUUAGUGCCUUAAACCUUACUUAAAUCUUGUGAUAUUCUUACGUAAUAAAUAUAUUUUCAAAAAUUGAUUCACGAGCGAAUUGAAUAUUUAUCACAAUUCAAUUUUAUACGCACAUAAUACAUUUCAUAAUUCAUUUCACUACAAGCGUCGAAAGCUUCCAGACAUUGAGUAAAAAUUACCAACUGUGCAAGCGUACCAUUCAUGGUUCUUAUAAUUCGUCUUUCUGUUUAAUCAGCCGGUCGCUUACAAACAUUUAAUGUUGUAGAUCAAUAUCGUAAGGAACCGAUUAAUUUCCGUUACAGCAACAAUAAUUGUGAUUCCGUGUAACAAAAAUCAGAACAGAAGACUAAUUAUCUUGUUUGCUUUUUAUUUACUUAUUUUUCAUUUUACAUAUUCUAUUUUCUAAUAUAAUUCACGUGUAGAUCUAUAACUUUUCACACCGAAGAGUCGAUAACUUACCAACUGAGUAUCGCCGAGCUGUGAUAAUAUCAGUCGUUUUCAAAUUUUUGACAGAGCUGGUUAUGUUAAAACAUCGGAAACCUGUCGUAUUCACUGAUUUCGAUGGAUGAAAUAAUUUCUUACGAAAUCCAGUCUAAUUAAUACGUGUUCAAGUUUAUUACUUUGCAAUCUCAAUCAUAUUAGUGUCGCAGAUUUGACAACGCUACGUUGUAUUUUUCUCUCAAACUUCUGUGCCAAUAUUUGUCCAAAAAAAAAAAAAAAAGUUCGUCACCAUAUUCGUUUGGUUGCUCGCUUACAAUUAGUUCAGU